CAAACCGAAAACGUCAACAGCAAAGACGUGUAGUGUUUUUCUGGCUGAUGACGAGUUUUUGACCAAGUUGUACCUCUGUGUUUGUUUAGUAAAAUUUUGUAAAUUGCACUGUUUGUUCGGUAGUUUAAAAAUGCUGAAAGCAGUAAUUCUUAUCGGCGGUCCCGAGAAGGGUACUCGUUUCCGGCCGCUGUCGCUGGACACACCGAAGCCGCUGUUUCCGGUGGCGGGGAAACCGAUCAUCCAGCACCACAUUGAGGCAUGCGUGCGCAUCAAGGAGCUGAAGGAGAUCCUGAUCCUGGGCUUUUAUCCGCCCUCGCAGAUGCAGCAGUUCGUGAGCAACAUGCAGAACCUGUACGACGUGAACAUCCGGUACCUGCUGGAGUUUACCUCGCUGGGGACGGCCGGUGGCAUGUACCACUUCCGGGACCAGAUCCGAUCGGGGAACCCAAGUGCGUUCUUCGUGUUGAAUGGGGACGUUUGUGCGGACUUUCCGCUGCAGCAGCUGUACGAUUUCCACGCUGGGAAGGGAGAUCGCGCGCUGGUUACGAUCAUGGGUACGGAGGCGACUCGACAGCAGGCGGUCCACUACGGGUGUCUCGUGCUGGGGAAGAACGAGGAAGUCACGCAUUAUGUGGAGAAGCCGCGGUCGUACGUAUCGACGUUGAUCAACUGUGGCGUUUACUGCUGCUCGAUGGAGAUCUUCUCGCGGAUGGGCGCGGUUUUCCACUCGAAACAGCUGGAUUACAACAGCUUGAACAAUGGAAAUGGGAAGGACUCCGGGCACAUCCAGUUCGAGCAGGAGAUUCUGACUCCACUGGCUGGGACGGGGAAGAUGUUUGCCCUGCAGGUGAAUAAUUGGUGGUCCCAGGUGAAGACUGCGGGCUCGGCGAUCUACGCCAAUCGACACUACCUGGCACUGUACAAAAACACCCAUCCGGAGCGGUUGGCCAACGCCGGUCAAAAGACGUCCGAGCAUAGCCAGGGUAGUUUGAUCUGUAACAUCGUUCCGGAUGUGCACAUCCAUCCAACGGCAUCGGUGCACCCAACUGCAACACUCGGUCCAAACGUCUCCAUCGGUCCCGGGGUGGUGAUUGGGCCUGGAGUUCGCAUCCGUGAGUCGAUCAUCCUGGAGAACGCCGUCAUCAAGGAUCACACGCUGGUUCUGCACAGCAUCGUGGGUCGCGGUUCCCAGAUUGGAAUGUGGGCUCGCGUCGAGGGCACCCCCAGCGAUCCGGACCCGAACAAGCCGUUCGCAAAGAUGGAGAAUCCGCCGCUGUUCAACAACGACGGCCGGUUGAACCCGUCCAUCACGAUCCUGGGCUAUGCGGUGAGCGUCCCGUCCGAGAUGAUCCUGCUGAACUCGAUCGUGCUGCCGCACAAGGAGUUGAGUCGGAGUUUCAAGAACGAGAUCAUCUUGUAGGAGGGAGGGGAGGCUCCCUGCGUGUGCCGGUGCCAGAAAUGAUGUGUUACGAGAAGUGGACCUUUUUUGAUUUCAAUA